CGACGCUAGUGUGCGCUUCGCCGUCGUGACGCUGCUCUGACGAAAGCUUCGAUUUCGCGCCGUUCGGCGAGCUUUUGCGAAAACAUCGCGAGUUUUCGCCGCGUUUUGCGACACAACGUGUCCGAUUUUUUCGCGUUCAUUAAAUUUGACGUGAAAAGUCGGAGCGCCGGAUUUUCGAGCGUUUGGCUGUAUUUGGGGAUUUUUGUUGUGUUAUUAAAAGUAGCUUUUUGGUGCGAUGACAGAAACUUACCCGUGACAAAUUACUCGGAGCGAAAACGCGAUAGUGUUGUAGAAUAAUUGCCGGAUGAUAUUUUUGUGAUUUUUUUUUUGGUGUUUUGGAUUAUAGUGCACUAAAUUAACAGACUUGGAGUUUGAGAUCUUGGCAUGGGGGUCAAUAGGAUGUUGCUUAUUCUUGGAUUAUUCACAAUACAAGGUGUUAUUACCUUAGAAUUUCUGGAGCUGCGUAUUCCGAGCCACGCUAUCCGGAAUCAGAACGUUAAGUUAGAGUGCCAUUUCGAUUUGGAUGGCGAGAUUUUGUAUUCGGUGAAGUGGUACAAAGACGGCAAUGAAUUCUUCAGAUACGUGCCCAGAGAUAUGCCACCCACUCAGUCAUUUCCGCUUCCUGGAGUCACUGUUGAUCUACAUAAUUCCACGCAGAACGCCGUUAUCCUGUGUUCGGUUCAACUUUCAUCCAGCGGCAUAUAUCGAUGCGAGGUCUCGGGAGAGGCGCCUUCGUUUCAAACAGUCACAGAACACUCUUACAUGACAGUCGUCGCUCUACCGGAGGAGGGCCCCAAAAUCAGCGGGGGCAAGCCGAGAUAUCAAAUUGGUGAUACCGUUAACGUAAAUUGCACUUCCGGUAGAUCAAAGCCGGUUGCUCAACUUAAUUGGAUGAUUAACGGGGAACCUGCCGAGCCGAAAUAUCUGCGAGGUCCCGAGAUUAUGGUCACGGGAAGAGAAGGAUUGGAAACAUCAAUUUUGGGUCUGGAGUUUGUGGCACGACCGAAGCAUUUCAAAAGGGGCAACAUGAAGCUAAAGUGUUUGGCUACGAUUGCGACGGUAUAUUUAGUGAGCAACGAAGAAAGCAUAGAAGGAGAAAGACCGCAAAAGGGGAUGGUUCUCGAAAGCAGAGGGACCGUGGCUCCUUCCAGCUCGAGGGCGGAUCGAGUACAUUCAGGUGUUUCAAAAGCUUCUACGAUCUCACUGACGGCGUUGCUAACGUUCUCAUGGGUGUUCCUUAGUAGGAUUUUUUAAAGGACCUCAGCCCUGUUGCAACAUGUUCACAUGGGAUAUAUGUUAAGUGUGAUGAUAAUUAGUAUAGAACGAGUCGUUAACAACCAACCAUGAAUCCAUAAGGCAUAUUCAGUUCACCUACAUUUCAUAUCGGGUGAGAAUUUUUUCGCUAUAUAGCGGCGUACGUAACUGAUGAUUGGCGCAAUUGAAUAGUAUCGAAGAAUUUUGGGAGCCCACACAAAUAAUAUUCAGGCAGAAAUGCUCUGAGGGACAUAUUUUUGUUUUUUUUUCGAAUGGUUUUGAUAAUUUGGUUAGUCCUUGGUGUCAUUUCAAAAUAUUGAUAAUUUUUAAGUGACUUCUGUAUUCUUGAAUCGUUUUAAAAAGAAUUUUUUCUGUUUUAUUUAAUAAGCAUAAUUUUUUGUUUUUAAGGCACUUUUUUUACAAUACAAAAUAAUUCAAUAAAAACAAAAAUCCAUAACUAUGACAAAAAAUUUUUUUUGGAACAUUUCAGUAAAAAUUGGGUGAGGAAAUACUUGAAAUUUUUUGCAAAAGAAUUAAAUUUUUAGGUGCAAGUGGGUGGUAGAGUACGGCUUUUAAAAUAAUAUUGAAGUUAUGAAAGUGUUGUUUGAGGCUUAAUAUAAUAAAAGGGACUCCAGAACGGUUGAAAAUAUAUUUUAAAGGAGCGCUUCUAGAUUAAGAGGGUCACACCGUAAACACAAUCCAAUUUAUGCCAAGGUGAAAUUAAAACCGUUGAGGUCAAGCUAAUGAAAAUCGGAUUUCUGUGUAACGAAGGUUUCAAUGUGUCAUGCAUCUUUCACGAACAAAUUUAGCCUACAUUAAGCCGAUUUAAACAUUACUAAUUUAUUAGACAUCCAUUCGCCGUGGAAUUUGAAAUUGCCACAAUAUUAGGCAUCCUCUGGAUACUGGAGACGUAUAAAACGCGCAACGUGUUUAAAUAUUUAUGAAAACCACCUUCCUCAUUUACGCACGUCGCUAAACUUUUUAAUUGUCGCUGUGGUGUCUGUAAUUCUCCAAUCCAUGGCAAGACGAACGCAUGAGCUGAAGACCGAAAUCCGCUUGUAGCAAAAUAAUAAUUCCUUCCGAUAUUUUUCCAGUAAAUGCACGUCUUCGGCUUGCUGCGUCCUUAGGAAUAGGCCUAUAUAUAUAUAUUAUUUUUUGUAUUCUGUGUAAAUAAAAGGCUUCUUCUACUAUAAGAUACAAUCAUUCUUUUAGAUUUAAUAGAUGGGUAUAAUUUGUCGUGUUGCAUUUUGCUUUUUCAUCGAUGUCCUUUAUAACGGUGAAUAUGUCAAUUCCAAUAAGUAAUCAGAGUAAUGGAGAAAAUAACUAAUUUUGCAGUAAUUCGUUACGCGUUGUAUUGUUUUUGUUAAUUUUUCAUAUCAAUAACAUAACUAUAUCACCACAUCAUAUCAAUAAUUUUUCAUUUUCCCAUUUUUACAAUUACAGUGGGGUGAAAAAUCGCUAAUUUCCGGCCUAGAAAUGGAAUUACGGCCUAUUUUUAGUUCGUUAACAAUCUAUCAGCGCCUUGAACCUAGUCUGAAUCAAAUAUUACUGUCACCAAGUAUUUCAUGCCGCUAACUAGAUUUAUUUAAUUUAAUUAAAUGUGUUGUUAAGAAAAAUAUUAGCCAACCAAUAGGAAUACAGGCAGUGAAACACACUCAGCGAGUCUUAUAGAUUAACCAAUGAUUUUGCGAAAUAAAUUAUUUAAUUCAUGUUCGCUGAACGAGAAUAUGGGUAACAAAUUUAAAACAUUUUUGCUAAUAUUAUAUAACUUGGCAUGAAUAAUUAAUUUUACACGGUGUCCCAAGAUAAGUCCUAAAUAUUUUGGGGUUAGAGGUCAA